CAUUAAUAAAAAAAUCGAGGAGGAUAUAAUCAUUUGAUGGGGUAAACUACAUUAAAAUGACCAAACCUCUGAAAUAAAUGUCCCAUUUUAAAGUUAAACAACAAAAACGCUUCACCGCAAUCCACUUUUAUUUCAUACACAUCCACUUUAUUAACUCGAAGACACUUUUUAUCGCCUAAACCACGUCAACAUUUUUUUACGUUGGCGUGCUCGUGCCCGCAUGUGCUUGCGCCCUCUCGUUGAUAAUGCGCGUUUGGUGUUUGCGCAACAACACAAUCCCAUUUCAUGUCAAGCGACAGGCUGUCUAGACGCCCAUGUGACCGGGCGCGUCAAUGCGCACUGUGGAGACGACACACACACACACACACACGCACACACACACACUCCACGAACCAAUCCGCGUCACACACACGCACACACUCCGCUCGCAGAGAGCACACACUCACACACGUCUGCUUGCUUCAGUGCCACGCACAUACUCGCAGCGUGCAAGCAGAGAAAGGCUGCUGCAGGAUUCCACGCCGAAGGAUAUCACGGAGCUUAAAAAAACACGAGCUUUUUCGGGGGGGAUUCUUAGUGGUCGUGGAUUAAAAACUCUUUCGGGCCAUUUUUGCCGCUUUACGUCGUCACGCUGCUUUGUUGUAGCGCCAUCGAAGCCGCCUGGAUGUUGUCAGCGGGGAGCCACUGAGGGAGCGAGCCGAGCACCGGCGGCGGCCCAGGGCAGCAGACUCCAGCGUGUGGCCGGGCUACGGGCUCCCGUCUCCGGCGUCGCGCUGCUGCAGCCCCGCCGCUCCGCUCCUCCGGCUCGCCGCCUUUCUGCCCCCUUCCUCAUCCCCUCCUCCGCCGCCUCCUCCGGACUCGGACUCGGACCCGGCAAUCUUCAUGGUUUGCGGACACCAUGCCCGUUGUUUAGCCGGGGAACCCUCAUCUCGUCCCGCAUGUUCAGGACCAAACGAUCGGGGCUCGUCCGGCGACUGUGGCGCAGCCGCGCGCCCGUGGAGGGCGACGGGGAGGUGGACAGAGGGACGCAUGGCCCCGGGGGUUGCUGCAUGGGCAAAGCGGCCAAGGUGGCGGCCAAGUCCCACGGCGGGUCGGAGGCCGAAUUGAAGGCGCUUACCCACUCUGUGCUCAAGAAGAUUAAAGAGAAACAAUUGGAGGUGCUUUUGCAAGCGGUGGAGUCAAAGGGGGGCGCCCGCAGCCCCUGCUUGCUGCUGCCGGGCAAAGUGGACGCCAAAGUGGGUCAAGUGUCUUACUCCCUCCCCAUGCUGCUCUACAAGGUGUUCAGGUGGCCCGACCUCAGGCAUUCCUCGGAGCUCAAGAGGCUGUCGUGCUGUGAAUCCUACGGGAAAGUCAACCCGGAGCUCGUCUGCUGCAAUCCGCACCACAUGAGCCGCCUCUGUGAACUCGAGUCUCCUCCUCCUCCCUAUUCCCGCUAUCCCAUGGAUUAUCUUAAACCACCAGAUUCCCCGGACUCAGGACCGUCAUCCAGUGAGACCAGGGGAACAACCUACUCGGCCCCUGUGGGGCUUUCAGAUUCCCUGGCCAUGCCGGAGUCAGGGGAGCGAUCCCAUUGGUGCGUUGUGGCCUACUGGGAAGAGAAAACCCGCGUGGGGCGCCUCUACUCGGUCCAGGAGUCCUCUCUGGACAUCUUCUACGAUCUACCUCAGGGCAACGGCUUCUGCCUGGGCCAGCUCUGCUCGGACAACAAGUCGCAGCUGGUGCAGAUGGUGCGCGCCAAGAUCGGCUACGGCAUCCAGCUGACCCGCGAGCCCGACGGCGUGUGGGUGUACAACCGAAGCUGCUACCCCAUUUUCAUCAAGUCGGCCACACUGGACAACCCGGACUCGCGCACGUUGCUGGUGCACAAGGUGUUCCCCGGGUUUUCCAUCAAGGCGUUCGACUACGACAAGGCCAGCAGUCUACGGAGGCCCAACGACCACGAGUUCACGCAGCAACCGCGCACGGGCUUCACGGUGCAGAUCAGCUUCGUGAAAGGUUGGGGACAGUGCUACACGCGACAGUUCAUCAGCAGCUGCCCCUGCUGGCUGGAGGUCAUCUUCAACACCCGAUAGCGGUGGCCUCCCCCUGCCCCUUUCCUCCUCAGACACUAACCCCCCCACCCCCCCACCAACCCUCAUCGUCCUUUUUUGUUCCAGAGGUUCAAAACAAAGUUAUAGUCGAAGAAACACAUGACCUUCUUCACAAAAAGUGACUCAAAUAAAGAGGCGAGAAAUGUAUUUUAUGUUUCAUAUAUAUAUAUAGAUAUAUAUCUAUAUAUAUAUAUAUGAUUGUAAAUAUGAAGACGUUUUAUAUGCAUCAUUAUUUAUGUAUUGUGCAAUGUGUUGAUGAGAAAAAAGAAAAUAAGAUGCACUUUGCUUAAUAUAAAUGCAAAACAAAGAAAUGCCAAAAUUAAAAAAUAUAUCUAUACAAAUGUCUCCUGCUUCACGUUGGUUUGUGUGUGGGAAUGAUCAAUCAAAAGUUAUAUCGUGAUUUUCGAUAAAGAAAAGCGAUGAACGUGCAGUACCACUCGGUGAGUUUACAAGUUCCCAACAUUGUGAAAGGAUCCUGAAUGCACCACGUUGCAUGCAUAGCGAACGUGUAUCGUUUGAGAUUCUGCCAGCAGUGAGCGCGGUUUAAAGUGAUUAAUAACGCCCGAGUUGGAGUUGCAGUCGAAUUCAUUGUACAACUAAACCCGCUGCAAAAAAAUAAUUUCUCACAUGGCACGUUUAAAUACGAAACGUGCUUCGUUCAACACAAAAGUCAACGGAGGAUCCCAUUCCAAUGCUAACGACUGUUAGCAUCCUAAAAACAAGUUCACUCCAACGCUGUGGAAACACAAACACAGAUCGCAGCGAACGGCGAGCCGAGGAAUGCGAGCGGCGGGCUAACCGUGGCGGGCCUUCGAGGAGUAACCAGAUAGCGGCUGGUAGACUUCAGAGGAGUGGG